AUGCGAGCUCACAGUCCGGGCGGCAAUCCCGCAGCGGCCAUUGGCUCCGGGCCUGGUCGAGAGUACAGUCUGUUCGACAAGCUGAACACCAUGUCAAGAGUGCGUCGACGGAAACAGGAGGCGGAAGAAUUGGCUGCGGAGGCACGACAAGCCAUGGAGGACCCACUGCACCCUAUCCAGCCAGAGAUCGGACCGGUGGGCUACCAACUCGCAGAGGGUGAAGAAUGCUCAAUGAUCGAGCCAUUUUCGAAGGUGAGUUCGUUUCCUUCUAAUCUGCAAGUAGGGGAAGCGUUUAUUUCUCCUCGUUUGCACCUGAAGAAGUUUCAUCCACCAAAGUCGGUAAUUCUGACUAAUACAUCGGAUAAAAGUGAUUAUUGGCUGUUCGUCCGUCGUUGCCGACUAUGUCGACCGUGUACUUCACAGCCAGAUGAGGGUUUGCACAGCGACUUGCACGCGAAUUAGUUCACUGUGUGGAUGGACUUGCGCAGCGUCUACCGCACUCUCUCCUUCCCCAUUUGGGCUCGGCCUCAAGACAUAGUCAAGAAGAUCGGAGGCGAGAGAGGGCGCAGGUGGCUGGCACGGCCGGGCCCGUACCUAGGCGUACCCUACAUCCCCCGCUCCACAACAAACACUUGACCAGGAUUUGAACCAACAACAAAAAUGGAUCAGAAAGAGCAGGAUGACACAAUUCACUGGACAACCGUGCACACGACCCCUAUACCCAUCGUGAGCGCCAGUGCAUCCACCGACUGGAAGCCAGGUGUCAGAGACUGCCAGCGCACACCGAGCAGCGAGGGCAAUGGUUUGCUGAAUCAUGGCGUAUCAGGCUCGCACAGUUCUUAAGGCCCUGAAGGGUGAGACGCAGCCCUACAAUACAUAAACGAAAAAGAACAUCGAGUUUGCGCAACAAGAUCCUGAACCACAUGGCCGGAUAUUACGCAAUCGACAUUUGUGCCAGAAACGUUAAUCCUCGAAGAAUAUUUGAUGAAAACAUGUGUAAAAAAUGAUUUUUCAUCCAUUGCUUUAUUUAUGCAGUUUUUCUUAGUAUUUUGGAUGGACAAGCAUUAAUGACUUCCACAAUUUUAGUCUAUUCAUGCGACAUGCAUUUUUGUGUUUUUUUUGGAAUUUACACGUUUUUGAGAAGUUGUUAUUUCUCCCCAAUGAACUAGUACCUAUAAUACUCAUUUUGCUUUCUCAUUUAACUGGAGGCCGUUCACUAUUAGUUUUGUAUUCUGGUGGACGCCUUCGGACUAGUUUCUGAUUGGUUAGUGACUUUGCCUCAGAACUGGCACAUUUCAUGUGUUAGGUCACUAACUUUGUCUGAAAUGAAGGGAUGGUCACUAAGACAAGGGAAAGUGCGAUGACUGCUUCCGGAUUAUUAUUCAUCGUCAGUCACACCGGACCCUAGUUUUCGUUGAUCUGGUAUUCGAGCCCCGGUUGUUAGGUCGGUGUGCUUUAGGCCGCCCAAUGCUGUACUAUUAAGUCAAUAGUGGUAAAACUUCAUGAAGCAAGCCUAGGCUUGCGAAGUCUCUAAUCCGUCGUAACCCAGUCUUCAUGCAUUCGCCAAAAUACCUAACCCAUGAUGAAAGAUCUACAGUUAGAUAAAAGCCUAAAGUAAGUACUUGAAGUAUUAUUUCAUUGAUUAGAAAUAACGAUUUUCCAGAGCAAAGCGCGAUACUUCAUGCCAAAUAUGCAAACUCAUGUUUAAAGUGUACAUAAACCCUAUUCAUUCAGAUAACUGAGAAGGCAAAACGCCAUACGCCCUUUAUCGUUAAAGUUAGUGUUUUCUACAUGUACUUUUGGUAACUACCCUCCAAGAAUUAAUGCUCUGUGAAGUCUGGUACAUAGUUAACGGCGUGAUGUUCGACCAUUUGCUUCAAAAUCUUGUUGCGAGAAAUCGAUGUCAGUUUUUCGUUCUUGUGUUUAUCGAGAUGCGAUGGCUUAAAGCAGAGAGGUUUUCGCUUGAUUUCGCUGAUAGGUACGUUACAAGAUUAAGAGAUUUAAUAAGGUCUCAUGUUGACAGGUCGGUUAGUGACUUGUAAAGCGCUAUCAGGUUAGCAAAUAUGAUUCCUCUCCAUUCUUAUCAUGAUUCGCUGAUACAAUUACCUGGUGAUGCGAUGCGGUUUGGUCGUGGAUCUACCUUAAAGCUUCCUACUUACCAAAUCAUGCCACUCAUACAAUCUCUAUGGUCUUGGAGAACCACAUGGGCUGCCAUCAUUUAGUUCCAUCUGAAAUUCAAAACGGUUACCAGGGGACGCUCGUAAUGGAGCCAAACCUACAGUAGAAGGCUAACUCAUGAAAUGUCAACCGAAAUCCCGAAACGAGCUUUCGUUUCGAAAAGAUUAACUAAGUGGGGUUGUAAAACUGAUCAUCAAGCGGCAUGAUUAUGUAAUAAUUCAGUUACCACAGGCUGCCGGCUUUCGAACGAACUCCUUUUCGGAGGCAUGCAGCAACUUACUCUGUUAAAAUGACUACUUAUGUAGCAUACAUUUUUCUCAUUGAUUUUCGAUGCCCUUAAAUAUUCAAAUAUGUUUCAUGUAUAAAUGCAUAAAAUCAUCCAUUCCUUUGCUGAUUCGAUAGAAAAUGACGUCUUCUUCCAAUUUUAUUUUCCAAGGAAGGGUAUAAUUCGGUUUUAAAAAGUUUCUAAUUGUGAGGUUUUCUAAUACCCUGAAAUGGCCGUUCAUAAAACCUCAUAUCUCUGCAUUCACCAAUGUGGCUCGUAAAGUUAACAACGUGGCUCAAAUCCACUGCUGAAUUUUAUGAACCCUACAUAAUGUCCACUUAAUACCCUCGAGAAAUGUAUGGUUUUCAGUACGCGAAAAAUAUACGACUUGUAGUUUGGAAACCCUGAAUCCAAGUUUAACGGUAGAUCUGGUUCAAAAUUAUUCGGAAUUGGAAGAGUUUUUGAAAGCCCAAUUAUACUAUUCCUUCAAGUAUAAAAUUGGAAGAAGACUUAAUUUUCUACCAAAUGAGCAAAAAAUGCAUAUUUUAUGCAUGUUUUCCAUGAGAUAUAACUGAAUAUUUGCGGGCAUCGAAAAUCAAAGAGUAAAAAUGCAUUUUACGUAAGUAGUAAUUUUUUAGAGAGUAUAGUAUCUGCACGCAGCCGAAAAGGAAUUCGUUCGAAAGCCGGCAUCCUGGGGUAACUGAACUAUUAUAGAAUCGUACAAUUUGCUGAUAAGUUUUGCAACUCUACUUCAUUAAACUUUUCGAAACGAAAGCACAUUUUGGAAUAUUGGUUGACAUUUCAUGAGUUAGCCCACCUACAGUAGUAGAGCUGGACACCGGGCGGGGUGUAGGUGGAAGAACAUUUGAUCCCAGCGAUGACGUACUAGACACCAGAAAGACAGUUGACCUGCUCCAGGUGCCUCAGAAUAAAGGCAGCAACAAUUGACACCGGGAGGGAUUUUGUCCCACUGAUUAUUUGUAAAAGCAGAGGUUUUGCCGACAGGAGCAGCUGAUUUUUGGCAGUGUAUGGAGCAAAGAAACCAGGAAACACCAGACUCUGACAGGCCACGAACAACGGACUUCAAACUGCGUAUACUCAUCAUUCUGGCCAGACUUCCAAACUUAGGUACUGCCAAAAAGCCCAAACGCACGCUUCAGUGAUAUUCUACCUUUGCAUCACGUGACUGUGGGAAGUGGGUCCGUUAGUGGAUCCCCAACUAUUCAUAUAUCAUUUUUUGGUUCGUGUUAUGCUUUCGAAUAGGGGUUUUACUGACGAAUGGAAGAGAAUAUGCGCAUCCCAGGUUCUUGUUUAAAAGAAGACGAAGGCACCAUCAAAAGGACGGUAGAUUUAUUGGCCCGAGCUUUCGAACUCGAACUGGAGUUCAUCAUCAGAGACUGCUAGAGUGCAGCAACGUGUGAACAUUUAUAACGUUGUUCCGUGCGGGGGGACUACGUCCGUGGCUAGGUCUGGUUCGUGCCGCCUGUUCCACGAUGGUCUCCCGGCGUGGUGACGCCGUUUGUAUUUCUCGACGAUGUGAGCUGCGCCACCUGGCUGCGUGGGCGGAGAGCGUGAUAACACGCAGGCAAAUCGAUUUGCCUAUUGGUAGAGUUGGUGUCCGACACCCACACCUCCAACAGUUCUCGCCCCGUCUUGUUGCCGGCUCGCGCCAAUAUCCGCGUUUUGGCGAAGUCGAACUCAUGCCUUCCUCCAGCGUGUGAGCGGCGACUUGAGAUAGUGGGUCGCUUCACAUCGUCGCGAAGUACAAACUACGUCACCACGCCGGGGAACCAUCGUGGAACAGGCGGCACAAACCAGACCUAGCCACGGACGUAAUCCCUCCCCGCACGCAACAACGAUAUAAAUGUUCACACGUUGCUGGACUCUAGCAGUCUCUGAUGAUGAAUUCCAGUUCGAGUUCGAAAGGAGGUUUUACUAUUUCGUCGUGGACGAGUGUGCGAACAUGGGUUAAACCACCGGGGACACGCUUGUUAGGUUCGACCUGACAUGUGUUAGAAAAUGUGAGUUGAAUGCUAUCGGUUUCUCUGUAAUGACCACCUAAAGUACAUACCUGGGCUAAUUUGGCCGAUUGAUGGGCCAACCACCUCGCAUUUGCACUAGGCAUCAAUAGAAACCCGACAGAACACCUGUUUGAACUUUUAGUUAGUUCAGGGUCUUAAUCCAGCCACUCGCUGAGAGCGGUUAGAGUGAGGCCGAUAGGUGAGAAUCCAUCCCCAGGGCACGUCAGCACAUUCCUCACUGAAAAUGAGCCUGACGCGCUUAAAUCUCUCACGGCGUCCUAGGAGGCAUAGUCUAGAGGUUUGCUAACUGAUGGGAUAACUCGGUUCUUUUAAGGAUGGCGAGCCAGGCUGCAGCGGCCCCUUCUCGACUCUGGUCUUUAUGGCAGUCACUCAUGCGAGAUCCGCGCCACCCCUACAGCAACCUGACACGCACCAGGAACCCGCUCGUUUGUGGCACAGGCUGUUCAGAAGACGAAGACGUGAUCACUGGAGCAAGAAAUUUAUUGGCCUGACGUUUCGGAUUCUCACUCGAGUUCAUCAUCAGAGACAGCUGCCCCCUCAUCUGCGACUGUCUCUGAUGAUGGGUUCGAGUGAGAGUCCGAAACGUCAGGUCAAUGAAUAUCUUUCUCCAGUGGUCACGUCUUCGUCGUCUGAACUGCUUCCGGGAACUCGCCUGUUUGCUUCUAUCGGGUUGUUCAGCCUUUUCAGCCACCGCUCUCGAUAUACCCUCGUCGACUUGGCAUUGUCGAUAGAUGCUGCCUAGGUCUGCUUCGUCUUAAACUAACUCAUCCGCGAGUCGCUGGUGCUGGACCCACUCCGUGGGAAAUGCGUUGAACGUUGUCGUUCGCGGCAGUCUGACUAUCGCGUCAUAACUUCGCUUGGGAGAACAUUCGGAUUGUUACUGCUCGCCCAUAAAAGAAAGGCCAUGCAUUUCUGAACGCAAUUUAAUCCGAUUACGCAUGCAUAAAUAAGCAUGUUGACGUGGAUACUACUCGCAAAAUUCUGGAGGGCAAAUGUAAACUAGCGCGACCAAUCCCGACGGACUGACAAGGUACAGUAUACGCGCAUUGGUGUAGGAGUCGGGUAACUACCGAAUCGUUUGGUAGACGGUUGAAUGGUCCAUUGUUUUUGCACAUGUAAAUUUCAGGAGAUUGGCCAGCUUCUGUAAUUUGCAAAAUGAGCUCUGUGUAACGUUUGAGAGAGCUGUUCUUCUGAGUGAACAGUCGUUUCGAGACAAUUGAGUGAAAAGUCAGAACGUCCAGACAGCCACUUAGCCAGUCCAAGCCUUGUGUUCCUUCCAGUGAGGCUGUGACUGACUGACAAAGAUGAAGUGCCGUCACCUCAGCACCCUAUAACCUUCUGAAGGGACAUUUACGAUAAAUGCUGAUUGAUCCCUCAAAGCACUCCAACGUUCAGCCCAGUCGAGUGGUUAUGCUGGCAUAUUAAAAUUUUAGCCGAGCGCUUCCCAAAUGGAGGAAGCAAAAAUGAAUAAAUACAAUUUUUAUAAGGUCAAUACAGUUACAUAGAAAUUUAAAAUAUGAGAAGUUCACAGAGCUUACAAGUGACUCAGGAGCUGAAUGCUAAUAGCCCCUGAGUCACUUAUAAGCUCUGUGAACCUCUCAUAUUUUUAAUUUCUAUGUAAAUGUGUUGGCCCAAUGAUGAGUUGCCGAAAACACGAGUUUGCCAAAUUGACUUUUCAUGUGUACCAUGUGGAUAUUCGCAGAGCAAUUUUAAUAGGUGCUUUGCAUAACUCCCAGUUGUGAAAAACUUGGUGACCUCAGUGGGUUUGUGCUCACGACAGCUAGUGCGAGGCUCGUCUACAGCCAAAACCCCCAUCACAUGGGCUACUACUGAAACCUCAAAUAAACUCUUUCCCCGUCGAAGUUUGCCGAAGACCUACCUAGACGUCCAGCUGAAAAGGCAGGACUAAAACCACAGUUUAGCGGUCCAGAACUCGGGUGGAUCCUAAGAAUUACGGACUGCGGUCCAGGUUCCCUAUAGGAGCAGAAGAUAAACGUCAGUAGAGCGAUGAUUGUAUUCAUCAGAGAAUGUCUAAAGCAUAUUUUGUUGGAGCGACUUGGUAGCCGAAUUCAAGGUGACACCAGUUUCUGCAAUCAAACUAGGACUGGUGGAAGCUACUCCCAUUCGUGUUACUGGGGCGGAAAUACAUUUGUUCUGUGCCCCAUAUCAAAACUGUAGUAUUUCGAUUUCCUCUUUUAUGGGUUUCAUACAACUCUUUUGAUGUCAGCCUAAAUUUUUUCUUUCAAUCGCACUGUACUUUUGUUUAUGACUGAAAUCUCUCCUGUUACUGACUGCGCUAUGGUUCUUUUGUUUUAAUUCACACGAUAACGGACUACGAGUCCGCUCCACCGAGGGUUUUUGUGGAACGUUAUUGUAGGCGAAAGUCUUACUUUAAAUACGUUAAGCCGUCAGCGGUAAUAGUUGCCAGAUAAAUGACGCGGUCCCAUUAGAACAUCUCCUCACCCCGACUUACCAGUCGCAGCUGCGCGAGAUUUUCGACGUCCGCAGAAGUCCAACAUGCAUUUACAGGUUUUUCGAUGAAGAUUGGGUAUGUGGCCGCUGCCCAGUUUUCACUUGUAUGAAAUAUCCACUUAUUUUAUUUGAGCAGGUUUGGUUUAACCUCUCUUUUGCUUAUCCUCCGACAUGCCUCCCCCAAGUGUUACCAGUAGGGUUGGCGUCCGGUUUAGGGUCAGGGGGCUAUGUAUUAAGGUUAGGGUCAUAGGUUAGCCUAGGACGACGGUUAGGGUUGGACUUUAGAUAUAGAUUUAGGGCUAGGAUUUAGGCUAUCAGCGUUGUCAAAUUCAAUUUUGUCUCUAGCCGGGGCCAUCACGAGAGUCAGAUCUAACGAUAUAUUCUCCACACUCUCUCCCUUUAUGUAAAUGUUCACCACUGGUACCCAGGACCAUCUGACCAGUUUCCUCGACCUUUAUUCUCUCCGUCCGCUUACAUCUCCUAAUUUUCAGUAUCUCAAACUUCAUGUUAGGCUUUUAAGAUUUUUUGGUGUAUUUCAAGAAGUUAAUGGUUUAAAUACAAGUUUUUUAUAUUUUUAUUUCCUGAAACAUCCAUCUAUCAAUUUCGUUUAUCCCGACCAAAAACCCCUACUACCAACAUUCUCGUAUCACAGGAGUCUUAGCCUUUUAUUUUCUCAUUGCAGCCACACAUACGAUUGUCACCGUUUUUUUACUGGGGCUCUGGUUUUUGUACCAACAUGUUUGGUUUCAUUUUAGGAGCAACCACUGGUUCGAGAACUGACCGAUACACUGGUCGAUUGGAUUAAUAGGGAACUGAUUGACGAUCGAAUUCUCGUCAGAGACAUCGAGGGAGACUUUUACGAUGGCCAGGUGCUUCAAAAGCUGCUGGAGAAGUUUACUAAGCGGUCCAUUAACUAUCCUGAACUCACUCAAACUGAAAUGGGACAGCGCCAACGUCUUAAGGUAAGUUCCCUAACAAUAUUCCCAUUAUGAUCGCGAAGGAUUAUUACUAGAACGAUCACAGAAGUAAAUCGCACUGCUACACAUAUACAUACACGUUAUUGUAUAUCAUACGUGUUUUUCUUCUUUCUUAGGUAGUACUGGAGGAGAUUAAUAACGCGCUCGGUGUCUCGGAGGCCUAUGCCGCUCAACAGUGGCCGAUCGCCGCCAUCUUUUCCAAGGAUUUGGUGGCCACCCUGCGUCUGCUGGUUGCACUCGCUCGUCGUUUUGCUCCACUUGUUCGAUUGCCGGCGGGUGUUCACCUGACUGUGCUCAUCGUUAGGAAGCUGAACGGUGUUCUUCAACACCGAAGACAGGCUGAGCUGAUCACGGAGGCCGUAGACAUCCAAGGUGAGCAGUCCUGGCUACCUCGUCGACUGACCUGCCCCGGUGCUUUGAAGUGUGUGCAGAACAGCUGACCGUAUUCUCAUCGGGGUUUCACGUUGGUUAUUGUACUUGUAGAUGGUGAGCUUACUCGAGCCAACGCGACUGGUUGCGUGGACGUAAUAUCUGCGUCAGUCUUGGAGUUGAUUGGUCGACUUGGAGUGCUGUGAAUGGUCGGAGCUCAUUCGGAAGCUCUCAGUCUCAAAGAUUGGCGAGCGCUGUGAGAGCAUUAUAUGGAGCCUAGUAAUGUAAGACUAAGCUGCCGCUGAUGCGGAUGUGCAAGAAUGUAUUAGACAUAGGAAUGAUACAACACCAGAUGCCAAUAGUAGAAUCGAUACAUAUUCUCUAAUCAAAAAGACGGAAGUCAAAGUUGAAGGCUCAAGUCUCCUGGGGCGAGAGUAGGGAGGCGACAUUAAACGAACGCUAACAAGGCUCUCUCCGACUGACGUAUGCCAAGAGGGCGUGAAUUUCCCAACGCCGACCAACUGACAGUUCGACCAGCGUUUCUGAUUACGUCUACCGUGUACCCAAAGCUUGAUAUCCGCGGGAACGGUGAUUUGGGCGUGAAUGAGUUUAUAGUUAUCGUAGAUUUGCGUGCAUCUACCGCACUUUUUUCUCCCUCACCCACCUGAGGCUGAUGUCAGGUCAGAGUCAAGAAGACCGGUAUGACAUUUGCUGUCGGCGCGCAGUCCAAUAACGCGUGCCGGACCAUCAUCUGACCCCUUGUUGGUCCGACGUAUCUACCGCGUGGCCCGUCGUAGAGGGCACAUCGGGAUGUAGGGCUGUCUACUUAGGCGUCCACCGCGUAGGUGUGGGAAGUCGCAGCACGCAAGUGGUGACUGCUCCGCACGGCUAUAAAUUGGCAUCCAAGUUUCAUCUCAGGCUCCCGAAGCUAGGCACUGCCUAGCCGCUGCACGCCAGUAACCGUCUCGACCGGCAGGACAGAUCAGACAAGGGCAUCCGGUAUUGCACGUAUCCCACACCGGCAAUUCUGUCCCUCUUUCUAUCUAUCCCUCCUCCCUUCCCUCCUUCUCCCGCCUCUCCCCACUUACAUUUCAAAAUGUCCUCCGGGGAGAGUGAUAGUCAGCUCCACAGGCAGUCCAGGGCAAGUUGGGCUGCUCUCUCAAUAAAACAAACCCUCACUGAUAGUGAAAUUCAGCAGCCGUCUGGGAUGUUUGAGCAGCUCUAUUUGAGGAUUGCAGUGCUUUCCCCUCGCAGAUGGACAACUCACGGUCGAAAAAAUCCAACAAGCUACAACCCAUGUCUCCAUCUUCCCGCCCCACUCCAUAGGACGCUAGCGUGAGUCAGCUCACUCUGGCCUACAUUGCCACCAUACAUGCACAUCACGCAUUGGCCCGACCGGUCACUUGCAAAUUCAGCGCACAGGGGCGGGCGAACCAGUGUCUUGAGUACCAACAUACACCUGUCGCCAUCGUCUCCACUGCCCGCAUUGCCCAUUCAUAUUUAUCCAUUGCAGGGGCGUACUCGGUCACAUGCGUCUCCACAUAAACCUGCCGUAAUCCACCAUAGACUAGACCAUAUCACCACACAUUCCCCCUCAAUACAUGCGUCAUGCAUGUACACCGCCAAUAUGCAACAUCAACGACACCUCUCACGUAAUUGGGAAAUGUGUUAUUCGGCUCCUCUAUGUGGCCCCUCUGCUACAUGGGAAAUUGGAACAGUCCAAUACCUUGGUGGGGAAUUUUUGUAUGCUGCAAAGAGAGCUAGCUCGUGUGUGCGGCACGCUCAGGCAGGCUGUUGUAAAUUAUAUUGGCACUUCUCCCUAUCUCAGCAUCAGUCCGAUCGGCCAGAUCAGACGGUGCGCGAAAGGGGAAGAGAGUAGCGUCUACUCUCACUCCAUUUUCCUCACUAUAAGGAAUCAAGCGCGAUUGAGACUAUCACGUUACGAUAAAAGCCACCGCUUGGAAAGCUGCUAACCGGCGAUUCAAUUCAGACCUGCAGUCAACCUAGCGUGUAUUUGUAUGGAGUGGCCGACUGGUGAACUGAGAGUCCGGCUUCAAUGUCUUCUACGGUACUUCCACCCAGUUGGAAUCCGAGCCGUUCUCCCUUUCAUGUUGUGUGAAAUCCUGGUCCUUUAUGCGCGGACUUAAAGGUAUGUAAGCGUCUGCUAUGCCAGGAUCAGAAAACCCACAGCCUUUGCAGCCUGAUAUGCGUCGGCACUUCUCUGACAUCUGGUGCCAUGCCGGUAGAUGCGCUUGCGCUCCCGCUGGGUAUGCAGGUCGUGAGCGUGGCUGCCCAGUCAUCCUCAUGUUUCUAACGCAUUCUGAUGCACUUGUUGUAUGGUAAAAUCCGGGUCAUUUGACGAGUGGAUCAGGGGGUGUGGAGUGGGGCGCCAAGGUGCGGACCCGGCCGCGCCAUCUACCUGCGCCCUCUCCCGUCUCCGGUCUAGUUGACUUUGUCUUGACACCGGGCCCAGAUGGGAUGGAGAGAGUUCGGUACACGCUGGGCAAGUCUACAUUCACUAUAAGCUAAUUCACGCUCAAGUCACCGUCCCUGCUUCCGCCCUGCGUCCGCCCUGCUAUGGGACCUUUUAUGGUGGACCUCGUCGGAAUCGACGGUAGAAUUGUCGACCGGCCAAUCAGUGAGGUGCAACUGUUAAUGCAUGUCACCUGAGGUUCUGGCGUGAUCCGGUAGUGGCGGUGCCUGCGCAGGUACGUCCGCCGCCUCACGGUGAUCGGCUACUGAGUGUCCGUUUUAUUUCACAUGCCCAGGAAGGUGAAAUUAUAUAUAUUUCGAAACGAAAACUGGACUUGACAAAUCUGCGGAAGAUUCUCAAACAAGGGAAAGAUUUGGUGACAGGUGCUUACCUCUCGACGUUUUGAAUUAAUCGGCCCGAUCUGGACCGAUUUUUCUGACCUUCGCUGUACACGGAAGUCGCAAGAAAACGUACACAAUGCCACACAAUGCUUGAAAUUUAGCAAAGAUUUCCAACUAAAACUAUGGGCAUUAACAUACAGUUUUCCGAUGGAAUUGAUGAAUGUUCAGUUGGAACAGCAAUACAUGUGUGCACCAUCAUGUGGUCCCCGACUGGAUCUUCCCGUAAAGUUGGUGGGUCUGGAAGGCCUCGACGUGGGUCUUCUUUUUGAUUAGAAAUUAUACGAAGGUCAAGGCAAAAGUCUGAAAUAUAAAAGAAUCCAAAGUUUUGAUUUCCUUGAAAGAAUAAAGCAGGAGAAUAUCGCAGCGACAAGUGUGGGCUUACUGUUAACCGCAUACUCUCAAGAAUAAACGCAGCGACUGGUGAGGACUUACUCUGGUAUAGGGGCGCCCACCGAUCGUUUCUACUGGACUCACUCGUCCCGUUGUGCCUUACGGGCUCUCUCUCGAGCCCAAUCAGCAGCUGCUCAGCGGCGCAUGAUAUAGGCAGAAUGGUAUUACCGACAAGGACAAGCGUUAGAGGCAUUGAACUUCGAACUAACAGGUCGCGCGUUCGAGCCUCGGAUGUUCCACACUUCGGGGUUGGGUAUGACUGGCUGACGACGGCUAAUAAGCCAGAAAUUGACAUUCCGGUCUUACUUGUCUUCCUCGGUAAUACCACUCUGAGGACUUACUGUUAGCCGCAUACCCUGAAGUAAUUUCAUCCGUCUAGAGACUUAUUGGUGUUAGUUCGUUAAGUCGAAUGCAGACCGUCUCAAUUGACUCGAAGUCGAUGAACUUCACUAGGGCCAUCACCCUCAGGAAACGUUAGUCAAACCUCCCGGUAUUCGCUCGUCUUCUCUGCGCAAAGUAAGGCAUUCCGAGGCGUAGUCGAGAAUCGGGCGGACAGAUUCUUGAUGAAAAUGAAUCUUUUUUUCAGUCUGGAUAUCACGAGACCCUCUCGGGGGUUUGCCAGUCUCCGAGGACAUAAUCAAUUCGGGUUCCGUUGUCAUGUUUACUCUGUCUGUUUGACAAAGACUUGAGUCCGAGAUAUCUGAAACAGUCCUGUUCGCCAAUCUGCCAGCCUUUCAUCAUGGAGACUGUUUUGUAAUCAGGGAUUCAGCUCAAGGAUAAAUAAAUUUCCACAGCGGUGUUGCCUGAUCAGGCCGAUUUGGUGGUCCCGUUCACUUGGAGCAGUGUCUGUAAGUCAUCUCGCUUUGAAACUGGAAGGAAAAGGCCUGAUCAUGCCAAUUCGUCUUUAUCGUUCUACUUCUGCUAAUGCCCGCAUCGAGCACGCUAGGAGGCACCUCAAACAAGCUAGCAUUUCCUAUGCCUCCCACCUUUCUCAUAUUCGCCUUUUCUGAGGACAUUCGCAUAUUUCUCAUACCAACAAUAAAUGCAUGAGUCGUUUCUAAACUUUGAAAAAUCGCCCAGGUUCAAAACUUUCCCUUGCUCUUCAGAUGGGACCGCCGAACGCGACGCAAUAAGUGCGCUGGUUGAUUGUGCCGUGCCUGAGAAACUGGAGGCUUUCCAGCAAGUCCUCCUGCAGUUCGCGAAUCAGCAUCUAAGUAAACUCAACCUCGUCGUUACGGACUUGCAGAGCCAGGUCAGUUACAGUUCACGCAUGUACUUUGCCAGUAUUUUUUGCAAAGUCCCAAUGACUGCCGCCACAGGUCACGCGAUGCGGUCUCGACAAUGGUGACCUAGAUUUCCCACUACCUACCCCCCUCCUCAAUUUUAUGGGUCUUUUUAAAAGGUUAUAGUUUGCUAAAUCACGGUGUUAAAAAGUUUUCGUAUUAGGGCUUUUGCCAGUAAGUUCAGAUUGGGCGUAAUUUACGUAUACAGUGAGCCCUCUUCGAUUAAGUAGACUGCAUCCCAGAAUUCCUCACGAGAAGCGAAAAUCCACGAAGUUGAAAACACUCGUAUUAUGGUCAUUUUUAUAGGUUUUAAGCCCUUAUAAAACUUCCCAACUUCUUAUAAACAUAUCACAUAGUUCUUCAGAAUAAACCUUUAUAUUAUCUUAGAAAUUUGGCGAGAUUCGUCGAAAUUUAACCGCGUCUUCUGCGUGAGUAUCUUCUUAGCAGUCCAUCAAUAGCCGUCCUGGAUAUGAAACCAACUGGACAAACCGACUGGGUAAGCGUGUACCGGGAUUGAAAAGGUCAAUUGUCCACAGGAAUUCACGAACCAGCGGAAAUUUACGAUGUAUAUUUAACUAUGCCUGCAUAUAAAAUCCGCGAUAGAUUAAAACCGCGAAAAUCAAGGCGCAGUAUAGCGAAGAUUUACUGUAAAAGUACUUUAUGACGAACCAUUAAAAGGGGAAAACUUCACGGGAUGAGAGCAAACAACCGGCUCCCCAAAAUGCACAUUGAGUGCCAUAUCUUUGGAGCUAUCGCAGUUACACCGAUUGGCUGUGCGAACUCAUCGGGCUUCCUUUUGGUCUGACUCACGGCAAACCCACUCAUUCUAUGUCGAUUUCCAUAUUUUCUAUCAUAUUUUAGUCUAAUGCUUCCCUUUAUUCACCAAUACAACUACCUGUGCUGCAAAUGCGCUGAAUUUAAACUGGGGGAGGGGGCUCAGAGUGGCUGAGAGGGGACGCACUAAUCAGACUGGGCAUAGUCCGCUUGGAACCCUGACUACUGCCGUGCGUGUGGUAGGGUUUGCGGUGGUGCGUCUAGACAGAGCCCUUCACGCCGCGUCAUCCACUGCGCUGCAUCCGGUUUCUUUACAGGGAGAGGGAAAAGAAGGUUGGGAAAAACACUGGGAAAUGUGUUCUCACAAAAAAUCAGUACAUCCCUCACUAAUACGAGGCGCUCAAAUCAUUCACAGUGUGGCUUGGAAGAUUGUCAACUGACGGGAUGACUCAGUCCUUCUCAGCAUUUACAUUCAGGCUGCAAUGGCUCCUUCCCAGCGUGGCCGCUAUGGCAGUCCCACGCGUGUGGGAUUCAAGCCGUCCUCAUGAAAACCUGACGCACUCAGUAGAAAACAGAUUGUGUUUGACAAACACAGGCGAGUGGUUUAACUUUUCCACCCACUGCGCUCGAGCCCACCUCCAGUCUUGCCAUCGAAGCCAAAUGGGUGAGGGGGGAGGGAGUGUGGUAGGUGCUGUACAAGUCUGCCUUGCCAUGAACUACUUCACGCUCAAGCCACCCAUUGCUUCGUUGACUCCGUGGGGCACAUGCUGGACAUCGUCGUUGGCGGCGGUCAGCCCCUCUCACCCCCUUCGCUAUAAUUUUCGCUUCGCCCAUAGAUGCUGUAAAUGCUUAGUGAUUGUCGUUUGGCGGAUUUCUUAGUGGCUCUUUGAAGUUGUAGUCUCGAAUUCCUUACAAUGGUCUCAUAUCUUUUUUAGUUAAUAGACGCAGAUAGUUUGCACAAGACUAUUUGUCGUCCCAGCCACCUCGUUGCAGGCAAGUGAUCACCGGUUUGCGACACUUGCUAAAAGAGGCCGAGGCUAGUUCCACGCGAGACGCUGAGCAAAUCAAUGCAGAUCCGUGCAGAGUAAUGACAAAAUCGUAGAUGGUGCGCUGCGUGUUUUGUCCACAUUUAAAAGACGAAAACGUUUCAAACUCUUCUUCUUGGGGAACAGAAGUUCGUGAAGGAGAGGCAAAAGGUACCGUCACGCAAAUGGGUAAAACAAAGAGAUAUGUGGACGAUCCGAUGUUGUUAGAGAACCGCUUACCAUAAUCCUGAGCCAAUCUACCUUCGCUUAACUCUCAGGAAGUUGCUGUCUGCUAUUUCCUCUUGAUAUGAGGUCUUUAGCCUAGAUUUAUGGUAAUCAUUGUACAGAAACCUUCGACACAUUAAUGACAAAACUAUAUUUCAUCAGAAAACCAUGUAGAUGGGCAUUUUUCCAGUUUCACCAAAAGCAUAUCCGAACACAGAGGUCUCCGGGUCCUCCAAACCACCGUGGCAUCAGCAAUAACUGUAGCGACACCUUACGUUUUCAGGUCACCUUUGUUAGACAUAUUUCGCAUCUACGCCGUCGAGACACUGAAGACAACUAUCGGCAGCUCAGACACACUGUCAACCUCUCCACACAGUGACCAAGCAUCCAGUCAGCCAUGGGUCUAGUGGACAGUGUGGAACCUGCGGCGGCAACCUAGGUCAUGGCUAGACUUUUGACACCACCAUCUUCAGGUCCAGUCCCAAACAGAAGCAAAAAUCUGAACGCCAGUUGACAGAACACUGCAUUCUGCACUGAACGUCUGGAUAAUGGAUUUGAGGAAUUUCAACGGCUGAACGAGUGCACGCGUCCGGCACCGCCAGAGCAGGCGGCUCGAGUGACAGUUGGGAAUGCGCGUUAGAGUGGGUCGGCAUGGCGGUUGAUUAACAGAUUUGGGUAGUUGCGAUUGGUCGAGAACCAGAUGGCCACUGGUACCUGCGAGAAGCGCAGCGUUGCAUUGGUCACCCGGACUAAGGCCUCUACAAGUUCUUUCUUCUCAAACGGGAGGUCGGAUGAAAAAUUCGAACCAAGAAAGAAGUGCUGCUUUUUGAUUUCCUCAGAAAUUAACUGCUAACUUGGAGGGGAUCAGUUCAUGCUAAGGCCUAUAGGCACAGAUCGAAAUUUGAUGUAUGAAUAGUUGGGCCGAAGUCCAUCAGCCACAGUGGGAUAAUCGCGUGCCCCUAGUACCUGCGUUGCUAGUAUGGUAUCUUCUUACGUCAAAAGAUACUACUAGCUGCCUAUCGGCAAUUAAUGAAUAUUACGCGGUUAUCGCGAUGUGGCUGAUGGACUUCGGCCCAAAUAUUCAUACACCAAAUUUCGGUCUGCGCCUAUUAGUAUGAACUGAUUUACUCCAAGUUAGCAGUUAAUUUCUGAGGAAAUUUAAGACCCGCAGUAUCAAAAAUGGAGUAUCUACCAGAAGGUAAACCGGGAACGUUUGGAGACGACCCACUGAUGAGCCGAGCCCCUCGAAGCUGUGCAAUGCAAUGGCAGGAUAUCGGAGAACCACGCGUGUCUGGGCUGUUAACUAGUACCUGUGUUGCUUAUAUGGUAUCUUAUAACGCUAAGAAGAAAGAAUUGUUAUACUGACUGAAGAGGAACAUACCAACGGUACUGUUAUCGGCAGCGUGAGCGGCUGGCAGGAAGGAACAAGGACAACAAGGGUCGGCUGAAGAAAGCCGAUGGUUCAUUUAUCGAGUUUAAUAUAGAGGCCAACUCUGUAUGCUGUGUCGGUAUUUGCUGCUUUGAAUGAGGAUACAACAUUGGCCGUAAAAGUGAUAAGCUAUCAGACUUAAAGAAUAACGUCCGGUUUCAUGCACUGAUGGAGAGACUGCUCUCUUGGAUUGGAUCGGCAACAUGACCUAGGCUGGGUAGGCUGAAAUUGUUUAGUGACAUCCAGCUUGACUCAUGACAAGGUGUUCGCAGACGCGUUUUCCCAUCCAGAGGCGCGUUAAGUGACAGCGGGAAAAUGCUAGGAUAAUGUGAAGCCGUGACGACUGAACUUAGCCACGUCUGGAAGAUGUGAUUAUACUGCGUCAGAUUCACCACCGUUGCGAACAAUACUCACCGCAUAUUGACUUAUAUUACGAAUGCGAUGCCAUUAAUUAGCGUGUCUAAGAAGGGCUGGAAAAAACAGUGACUGAUCGCCCUGUGAGGGGUGACCACUGUUCUUUUUGACCUACUCCUCCCGGACAGAUGAUCGGACAUGGGACCUACCGAUUUCAGGCAUACUGCUGCAUAUCAACCAAACCUUUUAAAUACUGCAUCCCGUGUGCGUCUCCUACCUCUGGCUGUUUCUGCAAGCAUGAAUCUAAGAAGUUAGGUGAUUAAAGUUGCUGAUCCGCAAACUGCGUCUGUCAUUUCUCCUCUUAAAGGCGUAUUCAUUUUGGAGAGCAUUGAAAGCCUGGUCGCAUAGCACCGGUUAAGGCAGACUGAUAAAAUUAGUAACGAUUCGACAGCCGUAAGCUGCGACAUCUACCGAUGCCCUUUGAGGUGGACCCAGCAUCAGCACAAUUGGACGUGAAUCAGUUUGUAGUGGAGCGGGCCUGUGCCGCAUUUAUCUCACUCUCUCCUCUCACACGCAGCAUGUUCCUGUGGCAAGAAAAAGCCAAGACGACUGGAAAGGAGUUUGGACGCAGUGGCUGGCAAAGUUGAGCAGACACGACCUAGUCCUCGCUCCAUAUGUGCCGGACCACAAUCCGGGCGUUCUCAGAAUUCACACAAGUACGAACGAUUGAAGCCUUUGGAGCCUGACCUUCCGUCCUGAAUGGGGUCCGGUUGCCUUGUUAGUCGGCAGCCUUCCAAGUCAUGACCCCUGACGCAUCGUGAUGUAUUUAAGCACUUCAGAUUUGGUAUUUUAGGGAAGGCGCUGAUUUCCCGUAGAGACGGAGUCCCCAGUAUCGGCUUCACUCUCGUUCCUUCCACAUGCACCAGUGGCUUCUCCGAAGCAAGCUCACUGGAUUGUGAUUAGGCUUGGUGGCUGACAAGGCUGAGCGGCUCGUACGCGUCUGCCGAACACGACUUGUCCCCAGCUUCGUGUACUGACCUGAGUUACACAGAAUGAAAUGUGUCGACAAAGGUGAGGUGAUCGGAGGUGGGUUUGGGUGCAGUGACUGGCAAUACAAAGGAGCCCAUCUACACGGGCCACACACUACCUGGCCUCGGAAUCACCCGUACUAAGCUGCGCCAAAUGUUGUACGUCCUACUUAGGUUUUGUGCGGUGCUUUGCCCCCUACAAUGACGCCAAAAAGUGGAUCCCAUGCAUGCUGCAAGGAAUAAUUGUGAGAAAUUGUGUAUAGGACAUCUAAAUAGCCCAACACUCCAUUCAUGCAGGCUAAAUUAUCAUAUUAAAGACUUGAGCUACAAAUCCCUUCUGAUCCAUUUUACCUUCCUCCUGUGCAGUGCGAUCAAUAACUGCCGGCUGCCAAAGUGCCUUCGGAGCGAUAUCGAUAUCUUGGUGCCAAGCAAGUUUCACGCUAAGGAAUGUGCUUUGAAGACCGGAAGCUUGAAUAAAGUCCGCGGUAUACUUGACCACGUUCGGUAUUCUUUGUACACGUAUAGAUCACCACUAUCACAUCCGUGCGUUCACUUUUCGAUGAAAAAUCAACGAAACCCUGGAAGUCAUGGAGUCCGAAGUUGUAAUAUAGUUCUAAUGAAUCUAUAGAAGGUGUAUAAGCUAACUAGCCAGAGUGCGGUUGGAUGGCUUGUUCGCCAGCAUCCAAGUCGUUAAUUGCCUCAGUUCACUACCAUUGUUGAUUAUUAUCGUGGGAAUUAUUCGGUCGUUUGGCUCACUGAUGCCCUCAUUGGAAGCGCUGCCCACUCUCGCUCGACCUACACGGUCAACUACUCAGUACAGAACUGGAAAGAGGAAGUCAUACACGGUGUCAGAGGACUAUAAGUCAAGCUGCUCGCAGUCCACAGGGCUGUCGCUUUCCGCAGGACUCCUGGAAUCGUCGGGCUUAAAGGCGUGGCGGGGUUCUGUCGAGUGAUUUUCGUUCUGAAAGCUGGCGCUAUUCCUCCCGCUGCUGCCGCAUGCACGCUCAUCCGCGUUCAGAGGAAGCUUCCACUCUUUCCGACAUAAUUGUUUCACCCGCAACUACACCUCCUCUGGUAGGCGACUGAAACGAUCGCUGUGUCAGACCAGGCCUUUUAUUUCAAGAAAAAGUGUUUAUUCUAGGAUCUUUCACCGUUCCGACUCCAGUACGGAACAGGCCCUUCUCGUUAUGCCUCAGGGCUCGAUCGAAAGCCUUCGUUGACAGCCUUUCCAGACGUCCAUAAAUGUGUUUUUUAUUACUUUCCUCUACCUCCUGCGCGCACAGAUGGACGACGGGGUUUUCUUCAUCCUCCUUCUCGGAAUUCUUGGAGGCUAUUUCGUUCCGUUGCACAAAUAUCACCUUGCCCCUGUCAGCAAUGAACAGAAGCUGGCCAACCUGCAAUUGGCUCUCCAGCUGUUUCAGGACGCCGAAGGAAUUGGCCCAGGACCGGGUGCCCGGGCGGACGACCUGCUGCGGCACGACUUCAAGGCCACCCUGCGUCUGUUAUUUGCUCUUUACAACCGCUACAGGGACGUAAAGUAA